AUGGGCUCGAAUUGCCGCGACGAUCCGCAGAUGCCGCAGGUAGGGCAGAUCAUCGAGCCGCACACGGAGACGAAGGGCCGAUACCGUGUGUUACGCGUCAUUUAUUCGGGCCCCUUCUCGGAUGUUUACCUGCUCGGCAGGGACAAAAACCUCAGCGAGAAGUAUGCGAUGAAGGUGGAGCGUCAGGUCGGCAACAUACGCCCGGUUUUGAAGCUGGACGUCUACGUGCUGCGGGAGAUGAACGGCGGCACCGGGUUCCCGCGCUUUCUGGGUGCCGGCCAGACGCCGUAUUAUAAGUACUGUAUCAUGGAGCUGCUCGGGCCGGAUCUGGCACGUGUUCGCCGCUCGAUGCCCGAGAAACGUUUCUCAACAUCAACCGCCCUACAGGUGUGCAUCCAAACUCUUGAACGUCUCGAGACCCUUCACGACCACGGACUGCUCUGCCGGGACGUGAAGGCGCCGAACUUUGCCAUUGGUCUGGACCGCCAGGCAUCGACGAUCUACAUGCUCGACUUCGGGUUCGCCCGCAAAUUCAAGGACAAAAACGGGGUAUUGAUGAAGCCGCGACCGGCUGGGGCCUUGAUGGGCACUUUUCUUUACGCACCCAUGGCCUCACACAAUCGCGAAGAGCAGUGCCGUCGUGACGACGUGGAGAGCUGGUUCUACAUGGCUUGGGAGCUAUUGAAGGGAACGUUGCCGUGGGCCCAUCUCUACGGCGUCGAACGUCAUCAGCUGAUCCUCGAGUGGAAGCAGUUCAUCCGCGGGCCUGGCCUCCAGGAAUUCCUGCUCAACCUCCCGCCACAGUUUGAGGAGAUACUCCGCGCCAUUGACCGCAUCGGCUUCUUCGAGCGCCCUGAUUAUCGCCUGCUUCGAGCCAAGCUUGAGGCAUGCGCCGUUGCAAUGAAUGUCGACCUGAACGAACCGAUUGAUUGGAUGAAGAACAAACGCAUCCAGCGCAAAGCGAACUGGGUCGGCGACCUGGGACAGUCGGACCAAGCCUCCGCCUUGUUGUUGGAUCAGAGCGACAUGUCGACAGCUGUUGACGUGACUCCCGUCGACGUGGAGACC